AUGGCGGCAAACUACUGGACUUCGACCCAGCGUCGCCACUGGCUUUUCUCGAGGGAAAAGCUAGCUGAGACUCGCGAUGCAUUACGCGAGAAGGACAAGGUUGCACAUUCACAGUUUCCGCUGCCGGAUCAGCGGCUACUGAACAUCUACUUCAACCAGCAGCUCAUCAAGCUUGGCAAGCGCAUGUCCACUAGACAGCAAGCCAUUGCGACAGCACAGGUUUAUCUCAAAAGGUUCUAUACCAAAAAUGAGAUCCGACAAACAAACCCAUACCUUGUACUCACCACAGCCUUCUAUCUUGCCUGCAAGAUGGAAGAGUGCCCACAACACAUUCGCUUUGUGGUCGGCGAAGCACGUGGUCUCUGGCCAGAAUUCAUCACCCCAGAUGUGGCAAAACUGGGAGAAUGCGAGUUCGCUCUCAUUUCAGAAAUGAGCUCACAAAUGAUCGUGCAUCAUCCCUACCGGACAUUAUCCGAACUCCAAUCUGAACUAUCACUCACCUCGGAGGAGGUCGCUCUUGGCUGGUCAGUGAUCAAUGAUCACUAUCUGACAGACCUGCCACUACUCCAUCCACCCCAUGUCAUUGCAAUUAUGGCAAUUAUCGUCGCCGUUGUCUUUAAACCUUCCCAUCCUGCCAAUUUCUCUGGUUCCACGCAAUCCGCUCUAGCAAGCGCCAUGAGAGAAGGAGGAGGCAUGCAUAUGAUGGCUGCAUUGUCGGAUAAGGGUGGAUCCGGUCCUCCGUCAAACAUCCAAACGCUUGUCGAGUGGCUGGCUGAAAGCGAGGUUGAUAUCAAAGCUGUCAUUGAGUGCACGCAGGAGCUGGUCUCGCUGUACGAAGUGUGGGAGCAAUAUAGCGAGAAGACUUGCAAAGAGCUUAUUGGGAGGAUGGUCAAAAGUAAGAACUUGGACAAAUGA